AUGGAGGCGGGAGAAGCAGGCGGCAGCAGCAGCUCUAUGGUCACUGAGGACAUGAACGGCUCUGGACUCAUGGACUUCCUGGACGAGCCGUUUCCCGACGUUGCUAAGUACGAAGACUUUCACACCAUCGACUGGUUACGAGAGAAGAGCCGUGAUACAGACCGUCACCGCAAGAUUACCUCCAAGAGUAAGGAGUCCCUGUGGGAGCUGAUCAAGAGUCUCCUGGACGCCUGGUCUGGAUGGGUUGUGAUGCUGCUGAUCGGACUGCUGUCAGGCUCUCUUGCUGGUGUGAUAGACCUGGCAGUGGACUGGAUGACAGACCUGAAGGAGGGGGUGUGUCUGACAGCGUUCUGGUACAGUCAUGAGCAGUGUUGCUGGACCUCCAACCAGACCACCUUCGCCGACAGAGACAAGUGUCCAGAGUGGAUGAAGUGGGCAGAGCUAAUGACCGGAAGUGCCACGGGCGGAGGGGCGUACCUCCUGAACUACUUCCUCUACACCCUCUGGGCUCUGUUCUUCUCGUUUCUGGCCGUGUCUCUGGUUCGAGUCUUUGCUCCUUACGCCUGCGGCUCUGGGAUCCCAGAGAUUAAGACCAUCCUCUCUGGUUUCAUAAUUCGUGGAUACCUGGGGAAGUGGACUCUCCUGAUAAAGACCGUGACGCUGGUCCUGGCGGUGUCUUCUGGUCUGAGUCUGGGGAAAGAGGGCCCCCUGGUUCACGUGGCCUGCUGCUGCGGCAACUUGUUCUGCUCGCUUUUCUCCAAGUACAGCAAGAACGAAGGCAAACGACGAGAGGUCCUGUCUGCGGCUGCAGCAGCGGGUGUGUCGGUGGCCUUUGGAGCUCCAAUAGGAGGCGUCCUCUUCAGCCUGGAGGAAGUGAGUUACUACUUCCCGCUGAAGACCCUGUGGAGGUCUUUCUUCGCCGCGCUGGUGGCGGCGUUCACGCUGAGGGCCAUAAACCCGUUUGGGAACAGCCGGCUGGUGCUGUUCUAUGUAGAGUACCACACUCCCUGGUACAUGGCGGAGCUGGUCCCCUUCAUCCUGCUGGGGGUUUUCGGCGGCCUGUGGGGGGCGUUCUUCAUCCGAGCCAACAUCGCAUGGUGCCGGCGCCGCAAGACCACACUGCUGGGGAAGUACCCGGUCAUAGAGAACUGGGCUAACCACUGUUAA